CAGUUCCUUGAUCGCGUCCAACUGUGUCAUAAAAAGGUACAGUUGGCAAGGUCUUUGAUAAAUGGCAACCACCGCUUGUUUCAUCAUUGUUAGCAGAAAUGAUAUUCCCAUUUAUGAAGCUGAAGUUGGAGUAGCUGCUAAAAGGGAGGAUGCUGCUCAGCUGCAUCAGUUCAUCCUGCAUGCAGCUCUUGAUGUUGUACAGGACCUUGCAUGGACUACUAGUGCUAUGUACUUGAAAUCAGUAGAUCGGUUUAAUGAACUCGUGGUGUCCGUGUACGUCACAGCUGGUCAUACCCGAUUUAUGUUGCUUCACGAUUCUCGUAAUGAUGAUGGCAUUAAGAGCUUCUUCCAAGAGGUGCAUGAGCUUUACAUAAAGGUAAUCUUGCCUUUACUGCACUCUAUAACGUGGUUAAUAUAUAUGCUGCCUUUCUUUAAUUAUUUGUUAACUUUCAUUCUAUCUGUUAGGAUAUAGAAUAAUGGCUAAUUAAUUAGAAUAGUUAAUGUAGUUAAGAGUUGUAAAGUUAGUUAGUUACUUACUAUUAGUUGGUUAUUUGGAUUAGUUAGAAAGUAUAAAUAAGAGAACACAAAGGGUAGAUGUCAUCUUUUGAAUAUUGUGAAGUUUGUUAAUACAAUAGCAUAAAUGAAUUGAUAGAGUUCAUGAUUCAUGAUAAAGUCCAUGCUUGCCAAUUCUUGAAGUAUGCUUUGAUGGCUAGACAAAUACAACAAUAGCU